AUGAGGUGGGCGGAUGAAGUUGGAAAAGGAAGAGAAUUCAAUUUCGUCAAUCCUACGGAAGAGACUAAGGAGGGUUGGAGUCAAGGGAAACAUCUCGCCGCUAAAAUGUUUUCUAAUGCUGUUUCUUCGGUUGGCUGUUUCCUUGGCGUGGGAAGGUCCCGUGUUUAUACGCACGCUUUCGAUAGGAACUCUGUGGUCAAUGCAGGCGGGCAUCAAGUGAUUUUGGAUAAUAGGCAAAAUAAUAUUAUUAGUUCCGAUGAUCCAAUUGUGAAUUCCUUAAGCUUCUUGGAAAAAAAAAGGGAGAAGCUACUAGCAGUUGAACUCUCAAUAUCUGCUUAUGAUACUGCUUGGGUUGCAAUGGUCCCAUCCUCAUCAUUUCCUGGAGCUCCUUACUUUCCUAAAUGUAUUGAUUGGAUAAUGGAUAACCAGCUUUCUGAUGGUUCGUGGGUCCCCACACAUCAAAAGCCUUCUAUUGCUAAAGAUGCUUUGUCAUCAACUUUGGCUUGUGUGCGACUUAGGCGAUGGAAUGUUGGUGAGGAGUAUGUCAAAAAAGGCCUCUCCUUCAUUGAAUCAAAUAUCUCCUCUAGUAUGAAUGAGCAACUACAAUCACCUAUUGGCUUUAGUAUUAUAUUUCCAGGUAUGAUCAACUAUGCAAUAGAAAUGGGGUUGGAUCUUCCAUUGAGGGAAAAUGACAUAUAUGUAAUGUUUUCUAUGAGAGAAAAAGAACUUAGAAGAGAGGUUGAAAUAAAUUCUAUAGGAAGCAAAGCAUACCUUGCAUUUGUUGCUGAAGGACUCAUUGGCUUGCCAGAUUGGAAAGAGGUUAUGAGUUACCAAAGAAAAAAUGGUUCACUCUUUAACUCCCCUUCAACAACUGCUGCUGCACUUUGCCACAUUCGAGAUGAUAAAUCCCUUGAUUACUUGAGUUCUAUUUUAGAGAAGUUUGGCUGCUCAGUUCCAACAACCUACCCACUAGACAUACAGACUCAUCUUUCGAUGGUUGAUAAAGUUGAAAGGCUUGGAGUUUCGUUACAUUUUAUUCAUGAUCUAAGGAGAUUUUUGGAUAGAGCAUAUAGAUGUUGGGUGGAUAAAGAUGAAGAAAUUUAUGCAAACAUAGCUACCUGUGCCAUGGCAUUUCGAAUUUUACGUAUGAAUGGAUAUGAUGUCUCUUCCAAUGCUUUAGCUCAAUUUGCUGAUGUGAAGCAAUUCAAGAAUACACUCCAAGGACAUAUGCGAGAUUUAAAUGCUAUUAUUGAGCUAUAUAAGGCUUCACUGGUUCAAAUCUCACCAGAGGAACCAGUUCUAAAGAAAUUAAAUGCUUGGGUGACUCAUUUUCUCAAAGAAGAAUUGAAUACUAAUGCCAUCCACUCACUAGAUGUUUUACAAGAGGUUGAUUAUACUCUGAAAUUUCCCUUUUAUGCAAGUUUGGAAAGGCUGGAGCAUAAAAGAAAUAUUGAACACUACAAGUUAGAUAAUUUUCAUAUGCUCAAGACAUCAUUUGUGUCUAGCAUGAAUAACAAUGAGCUUUUGAUGCUUGCCGUGAAUUCAUUCAGAAGUUCUCAGUUGAUAUAUAAGAAAGAACAUCAGCAUAUUGAGAGUUGGAUUAAAGAAAGCAAGCUGGAUCAACUCAAAUUCUGUCGCCUAAAACAAACAUAUUGUUAUCUCUCUGCUAUUGCUACCUUAUUCUCCUCAGAACUGUCAAGUGCUCGCUUAUGUUGGACCAAAUCUAGUACGCUAAUUACUAUAGUGGAUGAUUUUUUUGAUGGUGGUGGUUCAUCUGAAGAACUAGCAAAUUUUAUCAAGCUAGUUGAAAAAUGGCAUGAAAUUCAUGAAAAAGACUUCUACUCUGAAAAUGUGAAGAUCAUAUUUUUAGCUCUAUUCAAUACUGUUAAUGAGCUUGGAGCAAAGGCUUCUCUCUUCCAAAAUCGCGAUGUCACCAAACAUAUUAUUAAAAUGUGGCAAGAUUUGUUGAAAUCCACGAUGAAAGAAGCUAAUUGGAUAGAGAAUAGCACGGUGCCUACUAUUGAUGAAUACAUGACUAAUGCCAUCAUAUCAUUUGCUUUGGAACCCAUCAUUCUACCUACCAUCUAUUUCAUUGUGCCAGAGCUUUCAGAGAACAUCAUUGGGUCUUCAGAAUAUUACAAUUUAUUCAAACUUGUCAGUAAAUUUGGUCGUCUUUUCAAUGACAUUCAUGGUUUUGAGACUGACAUAGCAGCGGGGAAAAGAAAUAGCUUGUGGCUGCUUGUUCACCAUGGAAAUGGCUCUAUUUCCGAAGAAGAUGUCAAAAAAGAUAUGUUGAGUUUGAUAGACUCCACAAGGGCUGAAUUGCUUGGGCUGGUUCUACAGAACGUGGGGAGCGUGGUUCCAAGAGCAUGUAAAGAAGUAUUUUGGAAGACGUGCAAAACACUGCAGAUUUUUUACAGAAACAACGAUGGAUUCUCAUCACCGACGGAAAUGGAUGGGGUUGUGAAUGCUGUUAUUUAUGAGCCUUUGAAGGGGAGCCAUCAUUUCGAAUAUGAUGCAUAGAAGAAUCAUAUUACUUG